UCUACUAUCUAGUUUAAUUAAUCUUGAGAUCAUCAUCAAGAGAAUAUAAUAAUGCAUGAGAUGGAGGAUCGGAUGACAUCAGGAGAAGUGGAGCUAGUGGGGCUUUGGAGAUACUGGGGCAUCCAGGCCCUGGUGCUGCUGAGCUUCACGCUCCAGGUGGCCCUCCUCGUCCUGGCGGAGUUCCGGCGGUGGGUCGACUCCGGCGUGCUAAGGUUCUUCGUCUGGUCCGCGUACAUGCUGGCCGACUCGACGGCGAUCUACGUGCUCGGCCACAUGACCGUGACCGGGGGCGGCGGGUCGUCGUCGGAGCUGGUGGCGCUGUGGGCGCCGUUCCUGCUGAUGCACCUCGGCGGGCAGGACAACAUCACCGCCUACGCCGUCGAGGACAACAGCCUGUGGCUGCGCCACCUGCAGACUCUCGCCGUGCAGGCGGCCGCAGCUGCCUACGUCCUCUACGAGUCCUCCAUCCUCAGCGGCAGGCGGCGGCCCGGCGGCGUGUCGGUCCGGCGGCCGGCUGCCGUCAUCCUGCUCGUGGUCGGCGUCCUCAAGUACGGCGAGAGGGUGUGGGCCCUCCGGUGCGCCGGGAGCAGCACGUCCGGCCGCAACUACCGGCCUUUCCAAAGGGCGGAGAUGACCCGCGGCACGUGGAGCGACGACAACAUGCGCCGCCUCCACCCCAUAGUAACCUCGACCGGGUCCAGCCUGGACGACCCGGACGCCGAGGCGUGCCUGCUGAUCGCGCAGAGCAUGGUGGACGUGCCCCGGGACCUCCUGCAGGGGCCCCUGCCCUACGUGGUCCGCUACGCCGGCACUGCGAUUGUGCCCCGGGACAAGCUGUACCGGGUGGUGGAGCUGCAGCUGUCCCUGAUGCACGACGCCUUCUACACCAAGGCCGAGGUCACGCACACCUGCUGCGGCCUCUGCGCCCGCGUCGCCUGCGCGGUGGCCACCGCCGUCGCGUUCGUUCACCUCGUGCAGGAUCUUUGUGUUAUUACCACUACUAUUUCAGCUGGUGCUGGUGAUGGUCAUCGCCGUCGAGCCGCCGCCGCCGCCGACGUCGCCAUCACCUGGCUUCUGCUCCUCGGCGCCGUCAUCCUGGAGUUCGCGUCGGCGCUGAGGGCCCUGCUGUCGAGCCGGACAUGCGCGCUCCUGCUCGAGAACUGCGGCGACGAUCGCCCGGGCUACGGCGAGGGCCUGCAGAAGACGCUCGACUCCCUCGGCCGGGCGCUCGUGUCGCUCCGCCGGCUCGCCCGCGCGGCGCGGUGGAGGAGUCGGCGCUGCUGGUCCCGCUCCAUGGGCCAGCACAGCUUGCUCCGGCUGUGCUGCCGCACGAGGUACAGCCGGUGGAGCCGCGCGGCGCGAUGCGUGGGGCUCGAGGACCCGUGGAACACCCUGGCUCACUCAAGCUCCAUCGCCGUCCCGCCCUUGGUCGAGCAGCUGCUGCGGCAGCACAUCGCGCGCAACGCCGUCGCGGACGACCACGGCCGCGGUGGCGGGCGGCUUGUCACCACGUGGGGCCCCGCGGCGCUCCGGAGGUGGGGUCUCCAUGAGCGCCACUCUUGGAGCGUGGAGGAGACCAUCCUCGUCUGGCACAUCGCCACCGCCGUCUACACCAGCUGGUGCAAGCAGCAGCAGCAGCAGGAGGAGGAGGACGCCGGCGCCGGCAGCGCGGCGGCGGCAAUUGCGGCGGUGGAGGCGCUCUCCAACUACAUGCUGUUCCUCCUGGCCGCGCGUCCCUACAUGCUGCCGGCCCCUGCCAGCCGCAACGCCUACGUCGAGAUGUGCUACGGUCUCGGCUGCUUGACCUACACCUCGGUCGGCGAUCUGGCAGCCUCACUGCGGCGCUACGGGGAUGCAUCGCUCCUCAACCCAUCAGCUACUGCACCCUCCUCUUUUGAGUUCUCCUAUAUGGGUUCGGACGAACACAGCUCCCUUGUAAACAACGAAAUAUUCAAGACGGCAUGUAUGCUCGGCGCAAAGCUCGUCGGCGAACCGGAACAACGAGAUCACCAUGACUCGCCUGCUGCUGGCGAUGGCGAUGGCAAUGGCGAUGGCAUCACGCUGGAGCUGCUGCUGCGAGUGUGGGCGGAGAUGCUGUGCGACACAGGCCACCGAUGCAGCGCCUACUCUCAUGCCAGGCAGCUCGGUAGUGGCGGCGAGCUCAUCACCGUCGCUGCCAUUCUCUCCCAAUACUACACCAAGUAUAUCAUUUAAUUUCUUAGACCAAUGCAGCAAGCUCUCCAAGUCCAAGGUUGUUGGAACAGUAUUUUCUAGACCAUGCUUUUUUGGUGGAUUUUCUAGACUAUGUUCAAGUAUUGUUCCAACUCCAUCUGACCGUUAGUAAGCCAGUAUAGCUUCUCUUUUUUCAAAAAAAUAAA